AUGGCACGAGUCCGAUAUCCUUCUCCUUGCUCCCUCAAUACCAAUGCCCUCGUGUUCGAUUUUUUCGAUCCUUUCAACGUCUUCGCUAGUAUCUUUAGCGACUAUAUCAAAUGCAGUUUGGAGAAGAAAUGGGUUGAUCUUCCUCAAAGUCAGCACCGUAUACGGACAAUUGUUGCGAACAAAGAUAAACCCAAAACUCCCUUGGUCAUGAUUCAUGGCUUAGGGGGUGGGGUAGGAGUAUGGGUGCACAACAUAGACUCGUUGGCAGAGAAACGACCAGUGUACGCAUUUGACCUUCUUGGGUUUGGACGCAGCUCAAGGCAUGAGUUUAGCCAUAGGGCCCAACCGAUUGAAAAGGAAUUUGUUGAAUCUAUUGAAGAAUGGCGUAAGGAGAUAAAAAUCGACAAAAUGGCCCUGCUUGGACACUCUCUUGGUGGUUAUUUAGCGAGCGCUUAUUCUAUUAAAUACCCUGAAAAUAGAGAACAAUUAUUUUUAGUUGAUCCAUGGGGAUUUCCAGAAGAGUCGGAAUUCGAAACUGAACCAUUCCGAAGAGUGCCAACCGUUCUCAAAGAAUUUGAUAGAAUUUUUAUGUAUGAAAUUCUUGCUGUAUUUCGAGCCGCAGGACCUUUGGGUCCUCGCUUGAUGAAACUGAUUUUUUAUAAAAUCAGGACAAAAUUUGACAAAGUGUUUGAUGAUAACACAAUUCUGGACUACAUUUACCAUUGCAAUGCACAAAGGCCCACCGGUGAAGCUGCCUUUCGAACGCUCUCUCAUGCUCCGAAUUAUGAUAACGCAAAACGCCCAAUGGUAUACCGAGGAAAAUUGGCUGAGAUCCACAAAGAUAUACCAAUCACCUUCAUAAAUGGCUCUCAUACAUGGCUUGAUACCACAUGGAUGGAUGGGUUUCAACGGAACGGAAAAGCCUUAGAUGUUGUGGUGAUAAAAGACGCUGAUCAUCACGUGCAUGCAGACAAACCAGUCGACUUCAACAAUGUGAUAAAUAAGUACCUAGACAAAAUGGAUGUUGAUUCAGACGGCAAGAGAAAAGAAAAGUUGAAAGAAGAAGCAGAUUGGAAGGAAUUAUUGUUAAAGAAGUGUGAACAAUUGUGGUAA